AUGGAGUCAUGUGCCCAAGAUGAAUGCUUCCAGUCCCUCAACCAUGCCGAGCAGCAAACCUUUAAGAAGAUGGAGAAUUACCUCCGGCACAAGCAACUGUGUGACGUGAUUCUGAUCGCUGGCGAUCGCAGGAUUCCUGCACACAGGCUUGUCCUGUCUUCGGUGUCAGACUAUUUUGCUGCAAUGUUUACCAGUGAUGUUCGAGAAGCCAAGCAAGAGGAAAUUAAAAUGGAAGGUGUUGAACCUAACGCGCUGUGGGCCUUAGUUCAGUAUUCAUACACAGGCCGUCUGGAAUUAAAAGAAGAAAACAUAGAAAGCCUGCUAUCCACAGCUUGCCUUCUACAACUCUCACAGGUAGUUGAAGCUUGCUGUAAGUUUCUAAUGAAGCAGCUACACCCUUCCAACUGCCUGGGAAUUCGCUCUUUUGCUGAUGCGCAAGGAUGUAUGGAUUUGCACAAAGUGGCCCACAAUUACACAAUGGAACAUUUCAUGGAAGUAAUAAGAAAUCAGGAGUUUCUAUUAUUGCCAGCUGCUGAAAUUUCUAAACUUUUAGCAAGUGAUGAUAUGAACAUUCCUAAUGAAGAAACCAUCUUGAAUGCCUUGCUCACCUGGGUACGGCAUGAUGUAGAACAAAGGAGAAAUGGACCUUAGCAAACUACUGGCUUUUAUCCGUUUACCCCCUGUUGGCACCACAGUUUCUUGCAGACAUGGAGAAUAAUGCACUGUUUAGAGAUGACAUUGAAUGUCAGAAGCUCAUUAUGGAAGCUAUGAAGUAUCAUUUGUUGCCUGAGAGGAGACCAAUGUUACAGAGCCCUCGUACAAAGCCUAGAAAGUCAACGGUGGGCAUGCUUUUUGCUGUUGGGGGUAUGGAUGCAACCAAAGGAGCUACAAGCAUUGAAAAGUAUGAUCUGCGUACCAACACAUGGACCCCAGUAGCCAACAUGAAUGGACGAAGGCUCCAGUUUGGUGUUGCUGUGUUGGAUGAAAAGCUAUAUGUAGUUGGAGGGCGAGAUGGGCUGAAAACACUAAACACUGUGGAGUGUUAUAACCCCAAAACAAAAACAUGGAGUGUCAUGCCACCUAUGUCCACACAUCGGCAUGGUCUGGGUGUGGCGGUUUUAGAAGGUCCCAUGUAUGCUGUUGGUGGUCACGAUGGCUGGAGUUAUUUGAACACAGUGGAGAGGUGGGAUCCUCAAGCCAGGCAGUGGAAUUUUGUAGCUAGCAUGUCUACACCAAGAAGCACAGUUGGUGUAGCUGUCCUUGGUGGAAAGCUUUAUGCGGUGGGUGGUCGAGAUGGAAGUUCUUGCCUCAAGUCUGUAGAAUGCUUUGAUCCUCACACCAAUAAGUGGACCCUGUGUGCGCAGAUGUCCAAGAGGAGGGGUGGAGUUGGGGUCACCACAUGGAAUGGUUUCCUCUAUGCAAUUGGAGGACAUGACGCUCCAGCUUCUAAUUUAACAUCUCGCCUUUCAGACUGUGUAGAAAGAUAUGACCCCAAAACAGACAUGUGGACUUCAGUGGCCUCCAUGAGCAUUAGCAGGGAUGCAGUAGGAGUCUGCCUGUUGGGUGACAAGCUUUAUGCUGUUGGUGGUUAUGAUGGACAAAGUUACCUUAAUAAUGUGGAAGCCUACGAUCCACAGUCAAAUGAAUGGAGCCAGGUUGCCCCAUUGUGCCUUGGAAGAGCCGGAGCAUGUUUGGUUACAGUGAAACUUUAG